GUUUGACAAUCAACUAUCAAGAAAAAUUUGUAUUGCUUUGCUGGAUUCCGGAUUUCACUUUUACAUACGUGUCAAUCGAGUUUGUACGUGAGCAGGCUAUUCAGCCUUUAAAUUUUUAAUCAUUGACAAAUAUAACUGGUAAUCAACAAACAUGGCACCAAAGCAGAGAAUGCGCAUCGCUAACGAAAUUGCUAGCAAAAACAUCACCAUGAGAGGAAAUGUACCAAAAACGACAAAGGAAAAGGAAGACCAAUACCCUGUAUCACCCUGGCUCCUGGCUCUCUUCAUCUUCGUAGUAUGCGGUUCUGCAGUCUUCCAACUCAUACAAUCUAUAAGACUUGCCUAAACUGUGAUGCCUUUUCAUACAAAGAUAUCUAUGAACAUGGCAACACAUUUAAAUAGUCUGUUCUAAUUACUCGUUUUAAGAUGUUGUCUUAACCUAAGAAACAAUGUUCAUAGUUAUUGUCUGUGGCACUUCAAUGCGAUUACCAUGACCCUUUCCCAUCACCACAGACACAUUCCCCUAGUUCUCAUAUCGCAUAAUCUCAGACCAUAAAUGUACUAUAUUCUUGUAUAUUGUAAAUUGUCAUUAAUAUUAAGAUUAGCAUUUGAAAAUUCCAUUCCUUUUAUUUUCAACGCACAAUGCGUUUAGUGAAUUUUAUAAAUCAUUUUAUCGUUUACCGCCCCAAUGUGUGAAAUUAUUUCGGUACUAUUUUUAAUUAUUGUAAUUUAUUUGAUUAAAUACAGUAUAUUUGUCGAA